AAGGGGAUGAACAAUCAGUACGUCCGCCGGGAAGUCUUCUGCGGAAACACCUGCCACGAGCUCAAGCGUUUCUGGGAACGGGAGAUCGGCAAGCAGACCUACUACCGACAGUCGGAGGAAUAUCGCCUGGGAAAAAGCGCCCUGAAAAAGCUCAGAGAAGGAUGGAGGCAGAGACUGGAAGCAAAGCUGAGACUUCAGAACGGCCCAGAUGAGACCAAAAAGCGGGCAAACGCUGGCCGGGAGCAUCUCGCUUCGCUGACCCAAGAGGAUUCAAAGCACUGA